UUUAACCUGUCUGUUUGUGACGUUAGCAAACAGGAUAGUUUCUUUGUGUUUAAGCCGAAUUAGUUCUGUCUGUAAUUCCUGUCUUAUCGCGUCCCGAGAAUGAUUUUCCUGGGUUGAAAACAGCCCAGUCGAUUGAGUCGAACGAGCAUGAAUGUGUUUGUAGAACGGCAUGUGAUCUAGCUAUAAUGAACAGUAUAGCAAAAAGCAUAGCUACACGGCAGUUUUAGAAGAAAAUUUAUAGUAUUUUCACAUUUUCCCUGAAAGGCAAAGAUCAUGGCCUCUAGCAGUCAAGCAAUCGAGAAAAUUGCAAUACAGGAUGCGAGCAAUCUAAGCUCUACGGGAGAACUGGAGAGGCUGAACAAUUGUUUGAAGGAAGCUAUGAAAAAGAAUCAAGAUCUUGAAGAGAUGCUGCUUUAUACGGCCCAAGAGCUGGAAAAGGAGAAAGAAAACUCGAGAAGAAUUGUUCAAACUUUAACCGAACGCUUGAUGGAAUACAGAGAGAUGAUCAAUAAAUUGGAAGUUGAAAAUAUGCGCUAUAAGAAAGACUGUAUGUUAGCAGUUGAACUACUGCAAUGCAACAGAAAAGUUGAGCAAAGCGAGGUCUCAAAGACAGUCAGAAGGUUGUCUGAUUAUGAUCAACCGGAGCCUCACACGCGUGGAAUUGGAACCAACCCGUUCGCAAUCCAGGAUAAUAAACCAGAUUCAACCGUUGAUCCCAAGAUUACGAAAGACGAAACCAGACACCUUCAACCAAACAGACCUGAAAUGGCGAGCAUUAAAAAGAAAAAAAACGAAGCUGGGAUAUCAGGUAACAAUGCUGAAGACACAGCUGCAUUGCUUGAAGUGGAUGACGAAGUUUCAAUGCAUGGAAAACACCUGCUGAAAAAGGAAGCAAAAAUUUCAAAUGGGGGCAAUAUGCUGGAUUACCACAAGCACCCAAGUGGGAAUCCGUUCAAGGCAGCUUCAGACCAAACCAAUAUGGCUGGUGUACCUUUGAUUAAUGGCACUUGCAGUGAAGGAAAACCGUCUGAUGAUCAGUCGAGUUUUGCUAAAGAAACGAACUUGAACAACAAAGACAUACGUCAAUGUUUUACGAACGAACACGAGGAGAAUGCAGGAAGUACUUCAAGCACUGAAGAUAAAUUGAAUAGCAUAGUUCUGGACGGAACAGAGAAGGAAGGUUGCUGUCCAAAAACUGAAACCGAAUGCUUGAACGAUGAGGAAGAUAGACCUCUGAUUGUAAACGAAGCAAGGUCUUCGAAACAGCCAAGCUAUGUUGCACCGAAGACUAACGAAAACACAGAACUCCGCCGUGAACAUGCGAAGACAAAGGUGUGCGAUGACAAGAGUAACGUGGAUAAGGAAAUUAACGAGGUUGAAGAAGAUACUAGCUUAAUAUUAUCAACUGAAACGAAGACAGAAGAUGAUGUUUUUCACGUCAACUCUGUUCGAGGCGAACCCGAGGGCGAUAACGAAAACGAUAGUCUGCUUGAUCAGAGAAAGAACGAAGGUGUCCCACAAGAAAUUUCAUCAGAGGACGAUGUAAAACUGAGCAUAUUUGUGGCAUUCGAUGAAGAUAACACUGUUCAGACCGAGGAUGAUGACCAAGAAGCGUCAAUGGAUCAUGACUCGCAAAUCAAAAAGGACGAAACUGAGUCAAAUGGUAAAGAAGUUGCCACAAAACUUGAAGAAGCAGAGCCAGAGGACGAAACAUUGACGGGCGAAGAAAACACGCCACUUGUUUAAUUGAUUGCUAAUAUCU